AUGGAAUCUCUUCUGGAAAAUUCGGUUUACAGCAGAGUGAGGUACUAUGAUUAUCAAGCUGUCUGCGAUUCCGCCCACCUCGGUGAAAAGAACUCCACUUCACCGGCAACUCAUUUGUUGCCUGACUUGGUCAGGGGCUUUUGCCAGCUCUUUUCUCCCCGCUCCUGGUUGUUAGCGCUUCAAAAGGCCUCAGUUGUCAUCAUCAAAUUAACCAAUGUUUUUAUGGUCUUUUUGCAAAUGCUUGUCAAUGCCUUUGCUCUGGAUCAGGGCGUUGACUACGUAAAUUGUGUAAAAUCAACAUAUCGUUACUACGCAACUGAUGGUGCCAACUUCAAAAAGGAUCCUUUUAGUUCGGUGGAGGUUGUUGGAAACUUUACCUGCUCACCUUUGUGCACCCGUCAGUGGUCGUCGUCGUCGAUACCCGAGACCAAUCUGAAGCUCAUUAAAACCGACCCCAUAUGUGCGUGUUUCAAAAAGGACUACGAUUGGCAGCUCACUCCCUCCAUAGGUACGGUUGAUUGA